AUGCGUCCUCCGCGAGUUUUCGUUCUUAUACUAUUCAUCGCCGUAUCUCUCUUACUCUUCUGCCGCGCUAUAUCCUCGUCGCUGCGAUCCGCCUACGCCGAUUACCCCGCCGGUGGAUUCUCGUCCAGUUCCAAGGCAGCCCAAUCCUCCCAAUUCCGCCAUGAGACGACAAAGUCGACAAAGUCCGUUUGGGGCUCCAUGUACUACAAUACGCCCUUUUCGUUAUUUCCGCCAAACGCUGCCAUCAGUUUGACCGACGACAACAGCACUUCCUUUGCCGCCCGCCCAGCCGCCUUUGGCCCCAAGCUCGCCAUCCGCGGUCUAAGUGGUCAAUUAUGGAUCGGUAGCGGGUUCGCUGAGGAUUCUCUACUCGACGGCACUGGUGAGCUGGGCUGCGGCGACUUGCCCGGGUGGAACAAGGGCGCCGAGGCCGUGGGUUUGAACAGGGCACUCCGAGCUGCCGUCCCCUCAGUUGCCGCCCCCAAGUCAGAUGCUUCUACGCACUCUAAGCGAGGCGACCAAGUCUUUACUCGAAACGAGCACAACCGCAUCACCAGCCCUAGCGAGUUCACAAACGGCCACCGCGGUCAUUCGCGGAAUCAAGAUGCUUCCGAUAUCAAGGGCAAAGUUGUGCUUUUGAUGCGCGGCGGCUGUGGCUUUCUCGACAAGGUAAUGUGGGCACAGCGAAGAGGUGCCAUUGCCGUCAUUGUAGGCGAUAACCAGAAAGGCGGCCCUCUGAUCCAGAUGUUUGCACACGGCCCCGAGGUCGACAAUGUCACUAUUCCCUCCGUUUUCACCGCCCGAACCACGGCGCAGCUGUUGUCUGCGCUGACCCAGCCGGGUAGCUUUAUCGAAGACACUCUCGACAACCAAGGCAAUCCUGUCCUUAGGGUUCAGCAGGGUCCCAGGCCAAGGAAGCACAAGACGCAGAGACCCAGAUCGAGUGUUACCGCUUCGACCCGGGAGAGACGGUCUCUGGUCAGUUCACAAGUCAGCAGCCGCUUCAACCGAUUUAUUACUAGGAGGCAACAGGCUCCCUCCAACUUUGCUAGGGAGUCAGAUGAUGAAACCACUCAGGCAGUCCGAAAUACUCUUCGAAAGAGAGCGAUCAAGGACACCCGAAGCCCUAUUCUGUCCGAAGAUGAUUACGAUGAGUGGAAGCCAAAAGACGAAUCCGAGACACUGGAUCCCGCCUCGAUCAGAAAGACUUCCGUUACACGCCACAGCUCAGGACCCUCGGAUUCCACAGCUGAUGCUGAGCUCUUGAAAUUUUUCAGUGAGACCGAAGAGGAGGACGAGCCUAAUGCACCAAUCGACAGACCCGAUGAUAGACUAGAACGCCCUGACGAGGUACACGAAGGGCUCUGGGUAACCAUUACUCCUACGAGCAACGCCAGCCCCUUUUUCGACACCCUCCUUGUGCUUGUCAUCAGCCCCCUGGUAACUCUGACUGUCGUCUACGCUCUCCUUAUCCUCCGCGCCAGGAUCCGCCGAAGGAGAUGGAGGGCCCCCAAGUCGGUCGUCGAGCGUCUCCCCGUUCGCACCUAUCACACGGUUGCCACAUCCCCAAGCCUCUCGCCAAGAGCGCCUUCUCCCUCAAGCGCAUCUCCCACCACUCCUCUGCUUCAGGAGACUCCUACACGCCCCCGUCCCAGGUCGAGAACCACGACUGGUGUUCCUGAGGACGAGUCGCGAGUUGCAUCAAGCGAAUCUAUCCCGACCCCUUCGACAAGCACGAGGAACAACCGCCGUAAUGAGCGCGAAAAGGGCUCUAGCGGAUUCUCUGCCGAAUGGAAGAAGUAUAUGGGACGCCAAGUCGAGUGCGUAGUCUGUCUGGAGGAGUACGUGGAUGGCGAGAGCCAAGUCAUGAGCCUGCCAUGCGGUCACGAGUUCCACGUCGAGUGCAUUACCCCUUGGUUGACUACCCGCCGACGGACAUGCCCCAUUUGCAAGGGCGACGUUGUUCGAUCCCUCGCUCACGGCUCGUCAUCGGAACCACAUUAUGAGCCGUAUCGCGAUGAUGACAGUGAUGACGAGGAAACUAUUGCUGAGGGCUCUGGAUCUCGCUCUGACGACCGAGAAUCGGACCUUGAACAAGGCCUGCUCUCGCCAGAACCCCGAUCCUCACGAUGGAGCCGACACGACGGUUGGCUCAGCUUGUUCUCAAGUGGUGCCGGCAGGGCAAGGUCUCCAUCUCCUGAGGAUCGCAACCGAUAA